AUGGAGGUAACAAAGGAGAUAUUGGGUGCUUCAUUCAUGCUGAAUAGGUAUAGUUUAAGUUCACUCACUCCAAAUGUUCAGCAAAAGAACAAGUUACUCCCUUGUUCUUCUUCUUCUCCUUUUUUCCUCCCUUGUCCUUCUUCUUCUCCUUUUUUCCUCUCUCCUCAUGGGAGGAAAGAGGUACAACUGAGGAAGAUGGUGAGAGCAGUACCCAUGGCAGUUCAUGAAGAAGAAAAGUCCAUUGCCAUGUUUGAAGUAACAGCUCUUGUGACAGUGAAGAACAGUAAAAAGCUAGGCAUGAAGGACUUGAUGCUAAACUGGUUUGAUUCUUUCAAGAAUGCUGUGGACAGAAGUGUUGUACUUCAGCUUGUUAGCACUGAAGUUGACCCAGAGACAUUGAAGCCGAAGCUGAGCAAGGAAGCUGUAUUAGAUUGGUCCAAGAAAGAAAAACUCGAAGCAGAGAGACUCACUUUCAAAGUUGAAUUCAAUGUUGAUUAUAGUUUUGGGAAGCCAGGGGCCAUCUUUGUGAGUAACAAAUAUGAGAGAGAGCUUUUCUUGGAAAGCAUUGUAUUCGAAGGGCUUGUCCAUUUUACCUGCAAUUCUUGGGUUCAACCAGCUGGAGUUAACAAAGAGAAAAGGAUCUUCUUCCCCAACAUGGCAUAUUUACCUUGUCAAACACCAGUGGCACUAAAAGAAUUGAGAGAGAAGGAACUUAAGGAAUUGAGAGGUGAUGGAAAUGGACUCAGGCUGCUUUCAGACAGGAUAUAUGAGUAUGACAUGUACCAUGAUCUAGGGAAUCCAGAUAAAGGACCUGAAUAUGCAAGACCGACUCUCGGAGGCGAAAAAAAUCCACAUCCCAGACGGUGUCGCACUGGACGCCCUCCGACCAAUACCAACAUAUACGCAGAGAGCCCAGUGAAUAAAUUGAUACCAAUGUAUGUGCCUAGAGAUGAAGCACUGGAAGACACAAAACGUGAAGAUUUUUCAGUAGCAAAGUUGAAGGGACUGCUCCGUAAUGUGAUUCCAUCUUUAAAGGCUACCCUUCCCAUGGAAAAUGAUGUUUUCAAAGGGUUCUCUGACGUUAAGAAUACUUAUAGAAAUAAGCCUCUCGAAAUGAAGUCACAGAAACAACGUCUGAAUAAUCUUCCAUUUCCAAAGGUUUUCAGCAAACUUCAAGAGUCCAUGGAAGAGCUGUUCAAGUUUGAUCCUCCAAAAAAUCUCUCUGGGGACACAUCAUGCAGCUUACGAGACGAUGAAUUUGGUCGUCAAGCUGUUGCAGGCAUAAACCCUCUAAGCAUAGAGAAGCUGAAGGUUUUUCCUCCAGUAAGCAAACUUGAUCCUGCAGUCUAUGGUCCACCAGAAUCAGCUCUCAGAAAAGAACAUAUCUUAGGCCAUCUCAAUGGACUGUCCAUACAAGAGGCAAUAGAUGCGAACCAGUUGUUCUUGCAAGAUUAUCAUGAUGCGUACCUUCCAUUUCUGGACCGGAUAAAUGCUCUUGAUGGUCGUAAAGCCUAUGCAACUCGUACUCUCUUCUUCCUGACACCAAUCGGAACUUUGAAGCCAAUUGCAAUCGAGCUGAGUCUUCCACCUGCAGAUUCAAAUUGUUCGUCCAGGCGAGUUCUCAGCCCUCCUGUUGAUGCCACAACCAAUUGGCUGUGGCAACUAGGCAAAGCCCAUGUCUGCUCCAAUGAUGCAGGAGUUCACCAACUUGUUCAUCAUUGGUUACGGACUCAUGCAUGCAUGGAACCAUUCAUCAUAUCUGCUCAUCGACAGUUGAGCGUGAUGCAUCCUGUCUUCAAGCUUCUUGAUCCCCAUAUGCGUUAUACGCUGGAGAUCAAUGCCAUGGCACGCGAGUAUCUCAUUAAUGCAGGAGGAGUCAUUGAGUCGAGCUUUACUCCAGGAAAAUACUGCAUGGAGAUCAGCUGUGCAGCCUACCGGGAUUGGUGGCGCUUUGAUAUGGAGGGGCUUCCUGCUGACCUAAUGCGAAGAGGGGUGGCGCUACCUGACCUAACACUGCCCCAUGGUCUGAGACUACUCAUCGAGGACUACCCUUAUGCUAAUGAUGGACUACUUAUUUGGUCCGCGAUCAACAGCUUGAUUCAAACAUAUGUGAAUUACUACUACCCAGAGGCAAGGUUGGUGCAAGAAGACAUUGAGCUUCUGGCCUGGUACAAUGAGUCCAUCAAUGUAGGCCAUGCUGAUUGUUGUCAAGCAACAUGGUGGCCUAAACUCUCUAAUGCAGAUGAUCUUACUAGGAUUCUCACCACCCUCAUAUGGCUUACUUCUGCGCAACAUGCUGCACUCAAUUUCGGGCAGUACCCUUAUGGCGGUUAUGUCCCAACUCGGCCACCAUUGAUGCGGAGAUUAAUACCCGAAGAUCAUGAUCCUGAGUAUGCAGAUUUUGUUGCAGAUCCCCAUGGGUACUUCUUACUAUCCUUGCCAACUUUGUCCCAAGCAACAGAGUUUAUGGCUGUUAUUGACAUACUCUCAGCACACUCGCGUGAUGAGGAAUAUAUUGGACAGAGACACGACUUAGCGACGUGGUCAGGCGACCCUAUAAUCCUUGAGGCAUUCUAUAAAUUUUCAAUAGAGAUUAAGAAGAUAGAAAAGGAGAUUGAAAGAAGGAACUCUGAUCCAAGCCUUAGAAAUAGAUGUGGCGCUGGAAUUGCACCAUAUGAGCUUCUCAUACCUAGCUCAGGGCCUGGGGUUACUGGCAGAGGGGUGCCUAAUAGUAUAUCAGUGUAAAAUAUAUAAG